AGGCGGCAUCCAGGAGCAGCAGCGGCAGCAGGCGGCCGAGAGCAGCGCGCUCGCUCCAGCAUCUCCCGCAGCCCUCCUCGGUGCGGACUCGCGUCCUUGCCCGUCAAGGGCCCGGCUCUGGCGGCUCCCCUGUAAGAACGCCGAGGUCGGAGCCUCCCUCCGCUGGUGGCGAGGGCAGGGGAGCGCUAGGGUCGCCCUGAGCAAAGGAGCCAGUCUGCAGACGCUGCUUCUCCCCGCCCUGCCCUCGCUUUCCUCCCGGCGCAGCCCUCUGCCGAGCCAGGCGCAUCAUGACUACGGGAGGCGAUUUCGGGAACCCGCUUAGAAAAUUCAAAUUGGUCUUCCUAGGCGAGCAAAGCGUUGGGAAGACAUCCCUGAUCACAAGAUUCAUGUAUGACAGUUUUGACAACACAUAUCAGGCUACAAUUGGAAUUGACUUCCUAUCUAAAACCAUGUAUUUGGAAGAUCGGACAGUACGGUUGCAGCUUUGGGACACAGCAGGCCAAGAGAGAUUCCGAAGUUUGAUUCCCAGUUACAUUCGUGACUCUACAGUAGCUGUGGUGGUUUAUGAUAUCACAAAUCUCAAUUCAUUCCAACAAACUUCCAAAUGGAUUGAUGAUGUCAGAACAGAAAGAGGAAGUGAUGUCAUCAUUAUGUUAGUGGGCAACAAAACUGAUCUUGCAGAUAAAAGGCAAAUCACCAUUGAAGAAGGGGAACAGAGAGCUAAAGAACUGAAUGUCAUGUUUAUUGAAACAAGUGCAAAAACAGGAUACAAUGUAAAACAGCUCUUCCGACGUGUUGCAUCAGCCCUACCAGGGAUGGAGAGUGUUCAAGAGAAGAGUAAAGAAGGGAUGAUAGACAUUAAAUUGGACAAACCACAGGAACCACCAGCGAGUGAAGGAGGAUGCUCUUGUUAAUGCAAAAUGCAGGAUCUGUCAGCUUCAUUUGACACCACGCUUGUUGUGUUGCUUCCUAUUGGUUAGCUUCCUCAAAAUACAAAUUGAGUUAUUGGUUGGGGAGGAUUUUUUUUCUCUCAAUACUUCUCUUGGGUGGGAGGCUCAACACAAAUCAACAGCUGGCUCUAGCCUUUUCUUUUUUGUUUUAUUUAGUUGUAAUAUAAUGUACUUUAUUAAAAAUGCCAAAACAAUUCAGAAUUUUCCACAAGACACUUUAAUCAUGUGUAUACAACUUUCAGCCAUGGGGACUUUUAUCCUUUUUGGGGCACUUUUUUUUUUAAUUGUAUAUUUGUAAAAAAUAAAAGUCAAGUCUCCAUCAACUUGAACUAAAAUUUACAAAGAAAACCCCCAAGAUUAUACAGGCUGCCUAAUUUCAAAGUUUAACAUAUUAGCUGUAGCUGCAUCUUGUAAUAACCUAAUACUGAUCAGUUCACUGAGCAUUACCAUUUAUACACUAGAGACAGCAUAGUCAAUCCCGUUGCAACUGUUAUAACAUAAUACAGGUCUCUGAUUCUAUAGUUAUAAAGAGGAGGAAGAGCAAGCUAUAAGUGAAAUCUAAUUCAUGACAGUGGCAGUCUUUCUGUCUAGUAGACCCCAUUCUCAAAGAGAACAUCUUGGCACACUUUGUGGUGCAUGUGCAGCUUCCUGAAUCCUAUUUUAAUAUCAGAAAUGGUUUAAAGUCCUCACUUAUGUCAUAUAGUCCAGGUGUGUGACUUUUUGAAACUUUAAUGGAAGCCCUAGAACAAAUGUAUAAUUGAAUGUAUAUGGGAAACCAAGAACGCCGCUGUCUAUUUACAAGCAUCGUUUGGAUCAGGGAACUCUGAGUUAGUCUUUAUUCCCUGCAUAAAUCACUGUAAUCAGUAAGAGCACCAUUAAAUUUAGGUUGAAAAAUAUAUUUUUUUCCUUCCCACUCCCCAAAUAUCUUUAUGCAAUGCUUUCAAUUGUUAAAAGUAGAUUCUUCUAAUGAAAAAUUCAAACCAGUUGCCAGAUUUCAAACAGGAUUGUUAAUUACUAUAACUUCAAAAAAAUGUCCCUAUAAGAUCACCAUUUUUAACCAACAGGACUAUUCAAGGUGGUUUAUUAUGAGUGAUAGUAAUUUCUGCAUGAACGAACAAAGGUUGAGAGAGAAUAAAUGGUCUGUCUCCAUAAAUUUACCUUGGCAAUGACAAAGUGAUAAUGUAUGUAAUUUUGGUAUACAUGUGUAUGCAUGUCUCAUAGUGACAUAAAACAUACACUAACACACAGAGUUGUGUAGAGGUGUAUGUAUACACAUCCAAGCACAAUAUAAAUGCUUGGUUUCACCCACUAUUACAGUUGAGAAUGCAGCCAACAAUCAUUGUAAAAAAUUAUAGUUGCUGCAGUGUGUGGGUCUAGAAAGUCUUUGUUAAUUGUUGGGGGAAAGUGUGAUUUGUCAAUGUCUUCAAUAAACGAAACUCAGAUACAUGUGAAACUAGAAAAAAAACUACACAAAGACAUAUCUCCAGAUGUUGUUAAUCAAUGUGUGAUAGUCCAUGUAGUCACAUUCUGGAUGCACUACAGAGAAAGUUACUUUCUGAGAUCUCAUUUUAGCUGUCACUUCAGCUAAAACUACAGAAAGUGUCACAGAGAUUAACUACAAUAUUAUAACAAGUGUGGGUUUUUCAUUAUGAAAUAGUAUUUUUCAAUCUCAGUUCUGUACAGCCAAAAUAUUUCAGUUAUAUGCUUUGGAAAUUACUUCUGCUUACUUGUAGUCUUAUCCCAUGCACAAUUUAGUUUGUCUAAUUGUAGCCAAAGCUAUUGAUCAUCUGUCUCAAGUUUUCUUUCCUUCCUUCUCAAAUCCAUUGACCUAUUAAUUUCCUUGCUGAUUUCUCCUGGAUAUUGUCAUUUUUGCAAGCACCUCUGUGACUUCCCUGCCUUGUAUAUUGCUUCAUUCACUUAUCACUAGCAGAAGCUGCUUAUUACCUCCACUGCUAUUUUCGCUUUAUGGUUGUCACACUUGUUUUCUGCUUUAUCUUCAGAAUUGGUUAUAAAAAUAACAUUCAGGUUUUUAACAA